AUGCUUCUUACUAUUGCUCUUAUCACAAUUGUUGUUUAUCUCAUUACUGUCUGUUUAUGGACAAUCAACAAUCGUUAUAAUUAUUUCAAACGUCUUAAUAUUCCAGGACCUCCAUAUCAUUUCUUUUUCGGGCAUUAUAAGACAUUAUGGUCAACAAAAUCAUUUUCAAAACAAAUACAAGAAUGGACUCGCCAAUAUGGUUCAGUUUAUGGAUUAUUUAUGGGUAGAAGACCAAUGUACGUUGUAUCAGAUGUUGAUUUUCUUCAAGAAAUUUAUAUUAAACAAUUUUCAUCAUUUCAUUCACGUGAGAUUCCAAGAAUUUUUCGUAUAGAAACUGAUGGAAAAAUUCAUCUUUUUCGAGCAACUGGAGAAAGAUGGCGUCGUCAAAGACAUGUUAUUAAUCCAACAUUUUCAUCAGCAAAACUCAAACUUAUGUCUUCUUUAGUAAAUGAAUGUAUCGAAGCAAUGUUAAAUAAAAUAUCUCAAAUAACAGAUGGUGAACAAAAGGAAAUUAACAUUUAUGAAUUAUACAAACGAUUAACAAUGGAUGUUAUAUGUCGUUGUGCAUUUGGUAUUGAUACUGAUAUGCAAAAUGAUAUUAAUAAUCCAUAUUUGCAAAAAACAGCUGCAGUAUUUAAAACAGAUAUUGAGCAACUACUACUUUUUCGUAUGGCUAACUUAAUACCAUUUCUUGCCCGUCCUUUACAUGAUAUUGUAUUUGGUCUAAACGAUGUUCGUAGAAUAUUAGUGAAAUUAAUACCAGCAUUGAAAAAUUAUGUUGAACAAAUUCCAGCUUUAUGGUUGAUGAACCGUGUUCAAGAUGUUGUUGAUCUUCGUAUUCAAUCAUCAUCAAAUUCAGUAAAACGUAUGGAUUUAUUACAACUUAUGAUGGAAGCUACUCGCGACAACGUUAUAGAUCAUGCCGACGAUCAAUCAAUCUCAAAAACAUUGCAGUCAAAUGAGCUUAUACCGAAUAUUUUUCUUUUUAUGGCUGCUGGUUAUGAAACAACGUCAACUGCACUUGCUUAUUCGACAUAUAUUUUAGCAACAAAACAAGAUAUUCAAGAAAAACUUGUUGAAGAAAUAGAAAAUAGCAACUGGAAUGAUAAUAAUAAUGGAGAAGAAGCGUAUGACACAGCAACUAAUCUUUCUUAUUUAGAUUUAUUUGUACGUGAAGUUUUUCGUAUGUAUCCUAUAACAUCUAAAGCCAUGGCACGUGAAUGUAAUACAACGACUACUGUUUGUGGUCAUAUCAUUGAAAAAGGUAGUGUUAUUCAACCUGAUGUAUUCACCAUUCAUUAUAAUCCAGAUUUAUGGGGUCCUGAAGAUCCAAAUAUCUUUUAUCCUGAGCGACAUACAGUAAAACGUCAUCCAGUUGCUUGGAUGCCAUUUGGUAUUGGUCCAAGAAAUUGUGUUGGUAUGCGAUUUGCUCUUAUGGAACUAAAACUGUGUUUAAUUCAAUUACUUUGUCAAUAUCGUAUAUUACCUAGUGAUAAAACUGAAGAAGGUUUUAAACAAGAAGAAACAGUUGUUAUUCAGCCAAAUGCCAUAUUUGUCAAACUUGAAAAACGUUCAAUUUGA